AUGCUCCAUAUAAUUCUGGGAUGUAAAGACUUGGACCUAGCCAUACAGGAAAAGAUAAAACCCGUGCUCGUUGAAAAUGUGUCUCAGAAAGAGAUAGAGCACUUGGAUGCAUGGGAAAAAUCCAACCGAAUCUGCAAAUCUGUUGUGAAAGCCCGUAUAAACAAGAGGAUAAGGAGUGCGAUCCCUGAAAAGGACAUCGUGGCUGAGUAUCUCGCAGCCAUUGAAGAACACUUUGUCGCCUCGGAAAAGGUGGUCUCACAGACCUUACUAAAUAAGCUAGCUAACAUGAGAUUAGCUAAUUCUAAAUCUGUGAGAGACCAUAUUCUGGAAAUGAAGGACAUAAGCGACAAGCACAAUAGCCUAGGUGUGAUUAUCACUGAUCCUUUUUUAGUCACCUUUAUACUUACCUCCUUGCCUUCUGUGCAUGGACCAUUCAAUGUAUCAUACAAUACUCAGAAGGAAUCCUAG